AUGGCGCUCCUUCAAACUUCGCUCAUCUGGAUUGUCUAUGCCGUCGUGAUAGCAGCCUUGCUCGCGAUAGCAUCAGUCUUCAUCUACAUUUACCAAACGCCACGGGAUCGCUCCCCUUCUGUGACCGUAACUUGUAUCUUUGCAAUUACUUGCCUUCUAGCAACCGUCCUUUUACUCCCGGUGGAUGUCGCACUAGUUUCGUCAACCACAUCGUCCAAGCUUGGUCGUCGCAAGGACUGGGCCUCGCAAGAUGCUGUCGAUCACAUCACUUAUUCUUUGACAAUCGUCUACUAUACCUUGUACUCUGCAGAUGCGCUUCUCUGUCUGUUGGUGUUGCCAUUCACCUACUUCUGGUACGAGGAGUAUGAUGAGGUCGCGGCGGAAGCAGGUGAACAGACGCUAGGAUCUCGCCUUUGGGGUGCCUUCAAGUACACCUUGUUUUUCAUCGCUAUCGUGGUGAUCAUUUUCCUGGUCGGUUUCUUUGCGCCUGUGUCGAGCGACAAAGGCAAUAAGGAUCUGGACUACUUCAAGCGACUGCUGACCGAGAAUCAUGGUGAGCGUGCAUUGACGUUUGCUCUGGGUCUCUUGAUCACUGUUGGCAUUUGUCUUUAUGUCCUGUAUACCUCUGCAGGUCUCGCUCUGUUCCCUGUCAGCUUGAUCAAAACUGCGCCCUCGGUUUCUAGCCCAAUGCUGCAGGCAACCACCGCACAGCAGCUGGAACUGAACCAGGAGCGUCAGCGUCAGCUUGAGGGCCGUUGUGGCGGCAACCCUGACCUGUUGUCAUCCAAGGAUCGCAGAGAGCUUGACACUCUCACACGGGAGGAGAGGACCUUGAUUCGACGUCAACGUCUGAUCGAAGAUGCGCAUGGUGAAGGACGCAGUUGGCUGAUACUCGCGUGGCAUAAGAUCGGAGCCGUCUUCCGUCCCUUCAAACUCCUGAGUGGGAUUCUGCUUCUUUUGAUAGCUGUCGUGGUUUGGGUGUCAAUGCUCUUGACCUCGAUCGACAAAGCCAAAAACUCAGUUUGCAAACACCGUUGUGGCUAUAUCCUCGGCCAUAUUAACGUGUUCAACCCCGUGAACUGGAUUUUGGUCCUUUCUGCCAAGGUCUUCCCAGUGGAUUACGCCAUCUUCACGGCUCUCAUCUUGCUUCUGUUCUGCAGUUCCGUGGUGGGAAUUGCCGUGGUUGGUAUCCGUUUCCUGUGGAUUCGCAUUUUCCAAAUCCGCAAAGGUCAUACGUCCCCGCAGGCUCUCCUUUUAGCGACUGCUAUGCUGAUGCUUAUCAUCCUGGCCCUCAACUACUCUGUCUCGAUGGUCGUUGCCCCUGGAUAUGCCACAUAUGGUCCCCAGACUUUCUGUGAUCGCACUCCCAGCUCACCCGGUGAGCAACCUGAUUGCACUAAUAGCAUGGAUCUUAUCAAGCCAUGUUCCGAGCUUGCGGAAAAUCCAGCAGCUCGCUCGGUAUGCACACCCAGUGUGGCCAGCACGUUCCUGAAUCGGGUGACUAUUAACUUCCCAUUCUUUGGCGUGGUGUUCUUCUGGGCUCAAUUCGUCUUCCUCGGUGUCUAUCUCAUUGUCUUCAUGACCACUCUCUUCCGGGCACCCAAGCUUGAUGAGCAACAACUUGAUGAAGAUGCUGAGGAAGCGGAAGAGGAGGGUCUUCUGGCUAGUACUGGCAGACGAUUUGGAGCUACUUGGCAAGACAUCACUGGGAGAGCUAAUCGCACCUGA